AUGGUUGACAAUGAGAAGUCAAGCGUUUACAAGAACCCACACGCGCCAGUGGAGGCGCGUGUAAAAGACCUUCUCUCCCGCAUGACUCUGCCGGAGAAGAUCGGUCAGAUGACUCUUAUCGAACGCAGCGUAGCUUCUCCCGCCGUCAUUACAGAUUUCUCCAUCGGUAGUGUACUGAACGCUGCGGGAGGGAGUUGGCCGUUUGAAGACGCAAAGUCAUCAGAUUGGGCGGAUAUGAUCGACGGUUACCAAAACGCAGCUUUGGCGUCGCGUUUGGGAAUCCCAAUCAUCUAUGGCAUCGACGCCGUUCACGGAAAUAACGAUGUUUACGGCGCCACUAUCUUCCCUCACAACAUUGGCCUUGGAGCCACCAGAGAUGCAGAGUUGGUGAGAAGAAUUGGAGCUGCAACAGCACUUGAAGUAAAAGCGUGUGGUGCUCACUGGGCAUUUUCUCCAUGCGUAGCAGCUGUAAGAGAUCCUAGGUGGGGAAGAUCCUAUGAGAGCUAUGGUGAAAUUGCCAAAAUUGUUUCUGAUAUGACAUCAAUUGUUUCGGGUUUACAAGGCGAGCCACCAGAACAACACCUAGAUGGUUACCCUUUCGUUGCAGGAAGAAAAAAUGUAGUAGCGUGUGCCAAGCACUUUGUUGGAGAUGGUGGUACGGACAAAGGCAUAAACGAAGGGAACACCAUUCUUUCAUAUGAAACCUUGGAGAGGAUACACAUUGCUCCCUAUAAGAAAUGUAUUGCUCAAGGAGUCUCUACCGUUAUGGCCUCUUACUCAAGUUGGAAUGGAGAUAAACUUCACUCCCACCAUUUCCUAUUAACAGAAGUUCUCAAACAAAAACUAGGGUUCAAGGGAUAUGUAGUUUCAGACUGGGAAGGUUUGGACCGGCUUAGCCCACCAGUUUCAGGCUACCGCAACUGCAUCAAAGUCGCAAUUAAUGCUGGAAUAGAUAUGGUGAUGGUACCUUUCAAGUACGAAGAGUUCAUACAUGACCUUAUUGAUUUGGUGGAGUCAGGGGAAGUACCGAUAGCUCGUGUUGAUGAUGCAGUUGAAAGAAUACUCAGGGUGAAAUUUGUAGCUGGUCUCUUUGAAUUUCCUCUCACAGAUCGCUAUUUGUUGCCUACGGUGGGUUGUAAGGAACACAGAGAAUUGGCUCGUGAAGCUGUUAGAAAGUCAUUAGUUCUGCUGAAAAACGGAAAACAUGGACGAUUGUUGCCACUAGACAGCAAUGCGGAGAGAAUUCUCGUGGUUGGAAUGCACGCUGAUGAUCUUGGAUACCAGUGCGGAGGAUGGACAAAGACAAUGUAUGGUCAAAGCGGAAGGAUCACAAUAGGCACAACACUUCUAGAUGCCAUAAAAUCAGCGGUUGGAGACAGAACCGAAGUGAUCUACGAGAAAACUCCAUCAAAGGAAACCUUAGCCUCGGGGAAAAGGUUUUCUUAUGCAAUUGUGGCGGUGGGAGAAGCUCCCUAUGCAGAGACCCCAGGGGAUAAUUCAGAACUCAUAAUACCUUUCAAUGGUAGCGACAUUGUAACUGCCGUGGCAGAGAAAAUCCCGACUCUAGUGAUCUUGUUUUCAGGACGGCCUAUGGUUCUAGAGCCGGAGGUUCUUAAGAAGACAGAGGCUCUGGUCGCUGCUUGGUUGCCUGGAAGCGAAGGUCAAGGGAUUACUGAUGUGAUUUUUGGAGAUUAUGACUUCCGAGGUAAGUUACCAGUGAGCUGGUUUAAAAGCGUAGAGCAGUUGCCGCUAGACAUUGAUUCAAAUGGGUAUUUACCAUUGUUUCCUCUUGGUUUUGGUCUAAGUUGAGAUUCUUUGCAGAAAUCAAAACUGGUUAUAACUUCAAGUGUUUUUAUUGAGGAACACGAUGCAAAUAAGUGAUAUAGUAAAAGGUCACAUGUUACCCACUUGUUUGUCGUUGUUGUAACUUUUUCUAAAUUUUCAAGGGACUUUUUUCUCUUACUGAUAUUGUCGAAAUUGUUUCAAAACUCUGG